AUGGAAGUGGCGGCGACGAUUGGCGCAUGUAUUAUCAGUGCUCCAAUUAUAUAUAAACUUGCUCGACCUAGGAAAAAGACAGUCAAUUGCUGGUUUUGCAAUAAAGACACAAAGGUUGAUGCGGUCAAUGUAAAUAGUUUCGUGUGUCCACAUUGUGAACAAUACAAUGGAUUCACCAAGGAUGGUGAUUAUAAUCGACGAAUUCCCGAGCAAAGUCAUUCAAUGGCAACUCCGAAACGUUUUUGCCAGUCAGUCAAUGCCACAAAGAAACGAGAUUUGAUUCCCGAACGCUUGAACGGAUUACGAAUGAGUCCAAAAAAUGAAAACGGAUUAUGCGGCGACUGUAAUCGAAAUCAAGAAUUGAUCAUGAAGAAAAUUGCAGAUUUCGAACCAAUUAAUGAGGAACGAUGGAAUGAGGAGCUUGAAGAAUUUCGUUAUAAAUUAGACCGAAUCUAUCAGCUUUGUCCGAGAUGUACACUAGCAGUUCAUGGGAAAAUUGAAGAAGAUAAAAAAAAAUACUCGUAUUUACUGGAUGUUCGUUACAAAUUGAAACGUGCUAUCGGAUCGACAAUAAAUGGUUUAAUGAAUCCAAAUUCAAAAAGGUCUCGUCGGUUUUUCUUUGCUGGGGGCAGAAUUUGCGAAAGUCUUCGAUUUCUUGUGCUUUCCUGCGCAAUCUCAUAUUUUAUUGCGAAUGUUGAUUUUCUUCAGAAGGAUGCUGGAGUGAACCUUGUGAAUAUGCCACCGACCGCUAAUAGAAUUCUUCAAAAAAUUUACGAAUUCUCUGCUGAAAUCCACUUUUUGAUUUUGAUUGCUCAUCUCUACGCAUGUUAUAUCAACAAAUGUCGUACUACACUUCCAGAUCUUCUCAUUCCCCUAAUUCUUCUGUUCUCGUCGUUCACGUAUUUCAUUUCAUCCGAAGGGUUUUCCGAUGACCUCGCUCUUUGUCGUUGUGCUUGCUCGUCUUUUCUUAGUAUUCUUGCCGCGGCUUCAUAUUUACUUCCCCGCAAGAAACUUCAUAAAAAGAAACCAAAUAAGAUUAUCUCGAGCGCGUUCUCUGUUGCUUCAACUCCAAUUUCGCAAUGCUCCUCGCAGACAAGUCGGAAUGCAUCGCUUUUGGAACAUCAUUCGCCGACUCAAUUCUUACAAAAGUCGUCACCGCUAUCCGUGUCGCCUUCAAUGAAGACAAAUUUACGUGAACCGUUUGCUAGUCAUUUAAGAGAUCUAACAAAUGAGCCGACCAAAUUGCAUUGGAGAGAAAGAGCUAUGAGCCCUGAUCCAGAAGUUAGUGUGUUCAACAAGGAGAAUGAGACAAUGGAUUGGGAUGAUAGCGAAUCAAUGGCUCAAUCCAUACGAACCACUCGAACGCUCUUCAAGCCGAGCUUGUUGUCGCAGACUUCUGGAUUGAGGGGAGAAUUGCGUGAAUCGACUCCUGCUCGCGAGCUUGCGCCAUCAGUCGCCUCGAUGUCGCUGAGUUCUAGCCACCAACUCAACCGUCCAUCUUCUGUUUAUUCUGUAAGAACAGCUCGUCCUCUCAACUCACCAGCAAGAUCUGUUCUUGCACCAUCACAGGCAGCGACGAAGUCGAUAUUUGCUCCACGUACCAUUGCGGCAACUUCCUUCCAUGACCAUGAUACCAACACAAAAAGUGGUUCGGUGUUCACCUCGAUCAGUCAACAGGACCGUAAUUCUCAAAUCGGAGGCGUUUGGCAAUGGCGUGUGAUCGCUAUCCUGUUCUCUCUCGUUCUCAUCGUGUUUAUCCCUAUGCUACGUUCAGUAAUAAAUAACAACGAACGGAGUCGAGAAACGACGGGUAGCGUUCGCGUCGCCACAGAUGACCCGACGUAUCAAUCUUACGCAUUUCAACCUUCAACUUCAGUGGCACCUCAAAACCUCUGGUUCGGCGGUCUUCGAUCAAAACUUUCGCAGUUGGGCUUGUUUCCGGAUUGGAUGAGCCAAUUGGGCCUCAAAACAAGCGGACCCGAUCAAGAAAUGGCUGCUUCGAAUAGUUCCCAACAAGAAAAUGAGGAGAUUGCGGAAUAUGAUGAGAGUACGUUAGUUUUCCGACCAGUUCGACUUGAAAAUUGUCCACAGACAGACGAGCUGGAUCCGGUCGAUUGUUGGGAUUUCGGCGCCACAUUUCUAGCAGAUUUGGAUUCGAAUCAUAUAUCGUCGGAUACAAUUGAACGGCAACACUUUGGUCCUUUGAAAGAUUUAAUCACAACCGGAAAUUCAAAUAAAACUUUAAACCACAAUUUCAAAACAUACGGUCUUGUUCAUCCGACAUGGUGCGAUAAGUGCGGCGAUUUCAUUUGGGGAAUUUUGAAAGAAGCUCUAAAAUGUGAAAAUUGCAAUUACACGUGCCAUGUGCGAUGCAAACAUCUUGUCACUCUCGAUUGUCGUUCUCCUGGGAGUUCAUUGGAUUCGCUAGAAGCCUAUGAAUCGAUUUAUCCACAAUUAGACGGAACAUUAGGGACUAUUCCGAAGAAUCUCAAUUUGCCAUCAAUGACCUCAAGCACGGGGUCUGACAAAGAAAACGGAAACACUCCGACGAAAUGUGAAACCAGUGUUGAGAAUCCAAUAUUUUCAACGAAGCACUCGUUCACCCUUCCGAAAUCUUUCUCACCGAUCGACAGCCCCACAAAGCGAAAGGCAUCAGCACCGCCAGAAUCACAAAAUUCCACAUUAAAAGUGAUUGAACGAUACGUGAAAGAAGAUACUCCAUUUGAAUGGACCGAAGAUUAUAGGGAACAAGAUUUGCAGCGAAAAAUUGAUGCAUAUAAUGCAGUUUUUAAGGGAAAUGAAAUCACUAUGCACGAUGAUGGUAUUAAUUAUGGUGGACAUAUUCUAGUUCAUAUGAAUUUGAGUAGGCCGAUCAGUGUUAUUCAAGGUGUCGCCCCUCCGACGGUGUAUGAUGUUGUGAAUACAGCCAAAUCAACUUCGAAGUCAUCGACAUUGCGAACCAUUACCUCGUUCUUUCUUCCAAGAAAUACUGUAAAAACUAUAAAUAUUGACAGCAAAACAACUGCCAGAAAAAUGAUUGUGACACUUUUGAAGAAAUUCCAUGUUGCCGAUAACCCGCGCAAAUUUGCUCUUUAUGAAUGCGAGCAGAGCCAAGAUGAUUCGACCUGCACUUUGCAAAGGAAACUAACGCGCAUCUCGGACGACGCGUGCCCACUCAAAGUUGUGCUCAAUUGGGAGAAGCCCGACGGAAGAAAAUGUCUUGUGCUUCAGGAAAACGACACUGGCGACAUUCUGUGGGAUGCCUUCGAAAUUCCUGAGCUCGAUAAUUUUUUGCGGAUUCUUGGAAUGGAAGAAAAACAAUACAUUUGGCAAACACAGCAAAAAUAUGCUCAAUAUCGAUAUGCAAUUGACGCCGAGCUUCGAAGUCGCGGCCAUUUGACGUCGGAAGAAGCUGUUGCACCUCCAGAACAGAUGUCUCAAUCUGAAUACGUGAAUCGAUUAAACGAUGAUUAUGGAACAUCAGACAGUUUGCUUUUCUCAGGAACCAUGAAAAAUCCGGAAGAGCCGGAUUAUGUGAAUUUGGAAUAUUUGAAAAACCAAAACAUGGAUCAAUCAACGAAUUUGUGA